GCUACAAAAGUCUAUCAGCAACAUCCUCGUAACUAACCAAGACAUGUUGGUCUUGGAAUUGUGUGCUGUCAUGACGAAGUGGAGGGGUAAUGCCAAAGGUGGCGGGGGAGGGGAAAGACGAAAGCGUGGCUGUUUAGUUUGUCUUUUCUCAUUUCUUUUUUUUUUUAAUUUUGUUUAUCUCUUUUUUUUUUCUCUUUUUUCAAUGUUUUUUUCAAGGCUGGGGAGGGGGUGGUGUAUGCGUUGGCAAGCGCGAGAAUGACGAUGCAGCGGGCAACAUACCUUGUCGAAAUGCGACGUAUUAACCACUGCAUACAAGGGUCACACGUCUUUCUUCACGCGCAGGAAAUAUAGAGCAACCGAGAAAUCAAUGAUGUCCCUGCAGACAGUUCGUAUAGUUUGCAAGAUCAAGCUAGAGCCCUGUAUGAUAU